AUGUCAGUUUGUUCAUAUUUACUCAUAUAUCUAUCUCAUUUUGUUCAUAUCUAUCUAUCUAUCUAUCUAUCUAUCUAUCUAUCUAUCUAUCUAUGUCAGUUUGUUCAUAUUUACUCAUAUAUUUAUCUCAUUUUGUUCAUAUCUAUCUAUCUAUCUAUCUAUCUAUCUAUCUAUCUAUCUAUCUAUGUCAGUUUGUUCAUAUUUACUCAUAUAUCUAUCUCAUUUUGUUCAUAUCUAUCCAUUCAUCUAUAUAUAUAUCUUAGUUUGUUCACAUCUAUCUAUCUAUCUAUCUAUCUCAGUUUGUUCCUAUCUAUCUAUCUAUCUAUCUAUCUAUCUAUCUAUCUAUCUAUGUCAGUUUGUUCAUAUUUACUCAUAUAUCUAUCUCAUUUUGUUCAUAUCUAUCCAUUCAUCUAUAUAUCUAUCUCAGUUUGUUCCUAUCUAUCUAUCUAUCUAUCUAUCUAUCUAUCUAUCUCAGUUUGUUCCUAUCUAUCUAUCUAUCUAUCUAUUUCAUUUUUUUCAUUGCUUCUUUCGUUGUCUGUCCUUUCGUCUUUAUCUAACCGUUAUCUAUCUAUCUAUCUAUCUAUCUAUCUAUCUAUCUAUCUAUCUAUGAGUUCUAACUGUUAUCUAUCUAUCUAUCUAUCUAUCUAUCUAUCUCUAUCUAUCUAUGUUCUAACCGUUAUCUAUCUAUCUAUCUAUCUAUCUAUUUGUUUGUCAGUUUAA